GUCUCUUCGGUGAUUGUUUGAAGAUUUCUCGCUAAAGCGGAUUGGUGCGUUUGUGGUCCCCCUUUUUCAGCCCUCGGAUUCAAAUUGCACUCCGUGUCCGUAUUCCGCACCCCCGCCAACCACAUUUAACGGCGAUUUCCCACCUCAAUCGGCUAUUCCAACCUCAACCCCUGAACGUCACGUCGAGGCUGGUCGCUCCAAGGCCACUCGGAUCUAUUCCAAUAUUGACAUUUCCAAUCUGUUUGCUCCGUAACUUUGCCUGAGAUUAUUAAGCGCACCCUCGGGGAGAGCUGCAUCCAGCAUCUGUUGUUCUCUAAAGCCUCAAAGCGACUUAGCUUGGCCUCCCGGGGCCGUCGAGAAGCUCAUUUAGACUGGGAGCACUUUGUUUAUCUCCGCACGGGAUGCCCACACCUGUCUCUCAGGGCGAUUCCCAGGUUAUCAUGUCGGACAUAGGCGCCUCUGUACCGGAUUCAGGUGCAAAUGCGGCUUCGACAGCUGCUCCUCGGAAGCGCCGCAGACCUGCCCUUUCAUGUGAGCAAUGUCGAAAGAGGAAGAUUAAGUGCGACAGGAAUUAUCCCUGCACCCAAUGCCUACAGUCUAAGACUGCACACUGCUCCUAUAGCCCCGAUAGUGCUGGUGCUAUUCAACAUUUGAAGAAAGGACCCUCCAUUUAUCAAGAUCCGAUCCAGAUCAACGCCGGGAUCCCCAAUCGCUCGCGUAACGCUCCGAGCACUUCCUCCAGCUCACAUCUCCCGUCAGAUAGCACCUCACCCCAAGUUCCACUGUCUGAUGGAACUCAAACAUCGUGGCAUUCUCCAGGUUCUGAACACCUACAUGACAAAGAUAGCGCCAAAUCACACGAGAGAGCACUACUUGAUCGAAUUCAGAAGUUAGAACAGAAGCUCGCCACCGCCAAUAGUCUCAAUCCUUCGAAGCAGGAGCAUGAGCUAGAGGACGAGCAGAGUCUUGAAGAUGGAAAGUCUUCUCUCGACGGCCAAGACGUCUCUGUCUCGUUCUUUCACACCUUGAAAGGAAACUCGUUCUUUGGAUCACGAAACGAACUUCACGGCACCUAUGAGCAGAAAGGACGCUUAAGAGGAACGGUCUCAAAAACAAGAUUCUUCGGGCAGUCACACUGGAUGUACUCAUUCGGAACAUUUGACAGGAUCUCCUGUAUGAAGGUAAAUCCCAAGAACAACACCCCAGAAUUCGCCGAGACCAUGAAGACGACCGACCUCAAUGAACUUUUGCAGAGAUGCAAGUCAAUGGCCCGUGCUGCCAAAGCAGGACCUCACAACAAGUUCCUCAUGAAUCCCAACUACCGAGACGCCGUACCACUUCGACCAGUCUGCGAUAAGUUGAUGAUGCUAUACUUUAGAACCCAUGAAUCGACUUUAAGAAUAUUGCAUAUUCCAACGUUCUGGAAAGAAUACCAACAGUAUUGGGAGAACCCAGCAGCUGCGAGCUCGACAUUCAUCAUAAAGAUGUUGCUUGCGAUGUCCAUUGGUUGCUGCUUUUAUCAAGAUGAUGAUCAAGACUGGCAUGCGCAAUCUCUGCAGUGGAUAUUCGCAGGCCAAACAUGGUUAGCAUCGCCGUUCGAGAAAGGGAGGAUGCAUAUAUCGGGUCUGCAAAUACAUUGUCUUGUCAUAAACGCACGGCUGGCCAACGCGGUCGCCGGUGACCUGGUUUGGAUAUCGAUCGGUUCGCUUCUACGAACAGCAUUCCAGAUGGGUUUUCACCGAGAUCCUAAAUAUCUUCCUCGAAUGCUUCCCCUCCAUGCCGAACUUCGUAGACGCCUCUGGGCCACAGUCCUAGAACUCAACAUACAAGGCGCCCUCGAUUCAGGAAUGCCAACUCUCCUUCACCUCGAGGAUUUCGACACUGAAGCUCCAGCAAACCUUGAUGACAGCGAUCUCGACGAGACCAUGACAGUUCUUCCCGAGGCCAAACCGAGAGAUGUCUACACUCAAACGUCACUUCAGAUUAUGCUUCUAGAGUCUUUCCCAACUCGAAUCAAAGUCGUUUCGCAUUCCAACAAUUUCCAUUCUGAUCCCAGUUAUGAAGAAGUCCUUGCGCUGGGAUCAACCCUCACAAAGGCUCUUAGGGAACAUAAUACCUUCAUAAACUCCGUCAAUGCCGCCUCUUUGUACUCAAGUGCAAAUCCUCAAACACAAUCUCCCAUACCAUAUGUUCCACGGAUGUUCCGAAAUAUCCUCGAUCUUUGUAUCCGCCGUUUCCUGCUUGCUCUCCAUAGGCCAUUCGCGGCUAGAGCUCAAACAGACCUCCGCUACUACUUUAGUCGGAAAGUUUGUCUUGAUUGCGCAAUGACGAUGCUACAGUACCCAACUUCCGACCCAGGUGAUCCUAGUAUUGAGCCAGGGAAGCAAGAUGACUUCACUAGGCUCAAGACAGUGAGUGGCGGAUUUCAGAAAGGACUACUCGUCCAUGCUGCUAUGGUGAUUUUCUCCGAAUUAUUGUCGCAGAUCGAGGAAGAAUCGACGUUUACCGAGCAGAGUCGCGCUGCCAGAGAGCCCUUGAAACAAGCUCUUCGUGGCAUUGUCGAUUUGUCAGCUCUCCGCAUUAUGCAUGCGGAGAACAAUAUCAAGGGCCACCUCUUCAUAUCAGUUGUCCUAGCACAAGUUGAGGCGAUGGAACUCGGAGUUCCUGCUGAUAAUCUUGUGAUUGCAGCAGCAAGAAAAAGUGCCGAGAUAUGUAUGGCUUUGCUUUCGAAGAGGAUACCUAUAACAGCUACCGAUGAUGAAUAUGCUCGCCAUGUGGAGAAUGGGAGUGCUGCCGAUGGGGUUGGGCUCCAAGGUGCCAGUGCUCCACAGGACAUUGGCUUCGAUACUAUGAUGCAAGAUUGGACCAUGGAUUCGCAGUAUUUCAACUUGCCGGAUUCUUGGUUACUUUCAGGAUGGGAGGACAAUCAGCCUUGGGGUCUUCAAGUUUGAACUGUGAGGGCUAAAGCGGAAACUUGAAGCAUGCCAGCUCACUGGUAAUGAUGUAAAUUUAAAGAGCACUCUUCUCUCUGUGGAAUGGCUUGUAUCAUAUUUGCGUCUCUACUCAAUAUCAUGUAACACAAGGCCUGUCUGCAAAAAUGCGGGGCCAAAAAGUUGCGCUUUCAGAUCUCUUAUGUCCAACAUGAAACAUCUGUUUGACUGCAGACUGCAUGUGACAUGAGGUCAGGCUUAUGGUC